AUGCUGCGCCUCCAGAACUGCCUCCUCCCUCUGCUCGGCGCAGCCUCCCCGCUUCCCUCCCCCAUCCACAUUCACCCCCAAGCGUGUCGCCUCCUCUCCACCUCCAAUUCCGCAGCCACUAUGCCGUUCUCACUCGAGGACUACCUUGUCGCUGCCUGUGACAUCGCACCAGCCCAAGCCCGUGAGGUGUCCAAGAAGGCGUUCCACCAGUUAUCCAAGAUCUCACAUUCCCGCUUCAUCUCCGCCGCCUCCAACCCCGAUGCCAUCAUCGCCCUGCUCUCUGACGCCGGUCUCUCCCGCGCCGACAUCACCGCCGUCGUCUCAGCGAACCCGAUGCUCCUCCGCGCUUUGUUGUGUUCAAACAACCCGUGGGUGCUUACCUUCAACCCAACGCCAAAGAAUUUUUUUUUUAAGCCUAACAUGGGGUGCCUCCCACUUCGUGGAUGUUUAAAAUAUUGUUCGCCUGUUCAAACAACCCGUGGGUGCUUACCUUCAAUCCCAAAAAGAAGGUUUUUUGCUAAGCUUGAGUUCUUUAACAGGACUCUCCUCCCAUGGGAGUAUGAGGUUUCCACCGCAGCGUCCAAGAUACCAGCUAUAUUAGGAUUGUCCCAAAAGAUUCUUCUCCGCAAGAUUGAGUUCCUAGUCAAUGAGGUCUCUCGGAUGGAGCCACAAAGUUUGUUGAAAGGCUCAUCCCUGUUGUCACCGAUACCAGAGAAGAGGAUUAGUGGCGCGAUUAUUCUCCGCAAGAUUGAGUUCCUAGUCAAUGAGUUCGGCUUGUUUUUUCACAAUUACAUUGUUGAAAGGCUCAUCUGA